UCUCGUGCCGCACUCUCUCUCGUGUCCUCCUGGAGUAAUCUUCUGUUCUUCCUCGUGUACUUCAAUUGAAUUUCCAUUUCUUUUGUUUGCUUCUCUUGGAGAAAGGUGAACCCUCGUGUUACUGUUUUAUUUGAUCUUUGCUCUUAAUUGUAGUUUGUACCCUUGUGGUCCCUGAUGGCUUCGCACAGUGAUACUCUGGUGGUGUUCUUUGGGGCAACAGCUGGUGCAAAUGGGGGUAAACUGGGGUCGGAUGAAAGGGAAUUAAUUCUCUUGGUGUGGCAAAUUGUGGAUCUACAUGAGAAUAAGGUGGGCAAACUUCAACGGAUUCUAGUACAGCCGGACAGUGUGGACCUGUCGGAGCAGUGCAAGGAGGAGACCGGGCUCACUGCUGAGGAGCUGUGUAAGGCCGAGCCGCUGGAGAGCGUCCUGCAGCAGUUUCACCAGUCAGUGUCAGCUGAACUGAAGUCUCUGGGCCGAAGCUCUUACACACUGUGUGUUGACGGGCCACUUCUUAUUCGACAGGUGCUUCACCCUGAGGCCUCCAAAAAGAAUCUAGUCCUGCCGGAGUGCUUCUACACAUUCGUAGACUUGAAGAAAGAGUUUCACAAAUGCUGCCCCAAUGCAGGACCUGUCAAAGACCUCACGCUGCCCUCUAUGCUGGACUAUGUCUGUAUUCAAGCCACAGCGGAGCAAGAAGCUGGAUUGAGGGAGGUGAAGGACAUGGUUCUGCUAAUACUGCAUGUCCUGGCUGAGCCUUACAAUCACAAAUUUACUGACUUUGAGACUGUAAACUACAAGUUUGAAUCUGGAGCGUGUAGUAAGACAGAAGCUGUGGACAGUGAGACGGUCAUCAGAGCUCGUGGGCUGCCAUGGCAGUCGUCUGAUCAGGACAUCGCCCGUUUCUUCAAGGGCCUGAACAUUGCCAAAGGGGGUGUUGCGUUGUGUUUGAAUGCUCAGGGCCGGAGGAAUGGGGAAGCUCUGGUGCGCUUCAUAAACUCUGAGCACAGAGACAUGGCACUGGAUCGACACAAACACCACAUGGGCAACAGAUACAUUGAAGUUUAUAAAGCGACCGGGGAGGAAUUCCUGAAGAUUGCAGGAGGCACUUCCAAUGAGGUGGCUCAGUUUCUGUCCAAGGAAAACCAGAUGAUAAUCCGCAUGCGUGGGCUUCCAUUCACUGCUACUCCUCAGGAUGUUCUGGGAUUCCUGGGCCCAGAGUGUCCAGUGACUGAUGGGACGGAGGGUCUUCUGUUUGUGAAAUAUCCAGAUGGACGUCCAACAGGCGACGCAUUUGUUCUCUUUGCUUGUGAGGAAUAUGCCCAGAAUGCCCUGAAGAAGCACAAACAGAUCCUGGGCAAGAGAUACAUUGAAUUGUUUCGCAGCACUGCAGCAGAGGUCCAACAGGUUUUGAAUCGCUACAUGUCCACUCCGCUGAUCUCCACACUUCCACCACCUCCUCCUCAAAUGGUGUCUGUACCAGUGUUGGCCACUCCACCCUUCAUCACCACCGGCAGCACACGAGACUGCAUCCGGCUUAGAGGCCUGCCAUACACCGCCGCCAUUGAGGACAUCCUGGAGUUCAUGGGGGAACACACCAUUGACAUCAAACCACAUGGAGUGCACAUGGUCCUCAACCAGCAGGGUCGACCCUCUGGUGACGCCUUUAUUCAGAUGAAGUCGGCUGACCGUGCAUUUAUGGUGGCGCAGAAGUGCCACAAGAAGAUGAUGAAGGAUCGUUAUGUGGAGGUUUUCCAGUGCUCCACUGAGGAGAUGAGCUUUGUGCUGAUGGGAGGAACGCUGAACCGCAGCGGUCUGUCACCACCUCCCUGCAAACUGCCCUGUCUCUCUCCACCAACAUACGCUGCGUUUCCUGCUGCUCCAGCUAUGCUUCCCACUGAGGCAGCGCUGUAUCAGCCCCCCCUGCUGGCCACUCCAAGAACUCCACAGGCACCAACACACAGCCCUGCGCCUGCUCUCGCCUACUACUCUCCACAGCUCUAUAUGAACAUGAACAUGAGCUACACCACCUACUACCCCAGUCCACCAGUGUCUCCCUCCACUGUGAGUUAUUUUGCGGCACCACCGGGUUCAGUCGCAGCUGCUGUAGCCGCUCAGCCCACCCCUGCCAUCCUCCCUCCUCAACCCGGGGCACUGGUGCGCAUGCAGGGCCUGCCGUACAACACCGGGGUCAAAGACAUCCUCAGCUUCUUUCAGGGAUAUCAGUUCAAUCCUGAAGACUACAGCUCCUUGGUUGGAGUGAGUGAUCAGGGCCGGAGUCUCAUUCAGCCUAAAGAGUGGCUUUGUCUGUAGGGGGAGCCGCUCCAGCUCCAGGCGGACUCGGUGCUCGUGCUGUAUAACUGGAGUGGUCAGCGCAGCGGGGAGGCGCUGGUGACCUUCCCCAGUGAGAAAGCAGCAAGACGGGCUGUAGCCGAAUGCUCCAACAUCCCCCUUUCUGGACACCCCAUCCACUUGGCCUGCUGCGAGUGAAGAUGAGUCUCAACACUUUCUCCCUCAGAAAUCAGUGCUCUUGAAAUCCAGUAGUUCAGGAGGAGACCUGAUGCAGAAGCACUGUAUGUAUGUAUGUAUGUAUGU